ACUGCAAUACACGUGGUGUGUCGCAUGACCGCUCUGAAAGGGGGCUCUAAAACCAUGGACACGUCCCUGAUAAAACCAGCCAAGCAUGAAUUAUGCCCAAACAACAUGAGGGAACAUUAGAAAGUGCACGUGUAAUGAAGCAUGGUUGAUAAAUAUCGGUCGUCAAACCAUAGAGCUAGCUAGACGAGCCUGGCCUUAUUUCCUGGGUUUGCUGUAUAGGAAUGGGAUUUGAAAAUUCGUAUUGAUGAACACCAGACAGUCUUGCAGAUGAUCUUUCAUUUAACGUUUUAAUGAGGCAAUCCAUAGUCAAUAUGCCAAGAGUCAAGACUACAACGGCGCAAUUUGAUAUCCGCCACUACUACGACUACUAUAGCUUCUAAUCUGAAUGGUAAUUGACGAAGCCAGUGAUUACGUGAAUGGUAUCAGUGUCCUCUAAUUAUCUUAGCCAUCGCAGGUGUUCGGUAAAAUCGAAAGAUUAGAUAACGAAACAAAUCGGUAAGCCAACAGCUUAUUUCUUUGCUUUUUGAGGUGCAUGGAUGAACGACGUUGACUCGAUACACAGCCAUGAAUGAGAGAUUAGGAGAUCGAUUUCGUAACAUAUUCGUGAUUAUUUUGGUGGUACUCUUCGGGUCGGGAUCGUGGUUGGCCAUCAAUGGAUUAUGGGUGGAACUGCCCCUCAUGGUAGCCCUCGGAAUCCCGGAAGGAUACAAUCUUGCCUCCUACCUGGUCAUCAUCAUCCAGUUAGCGAACGUUGGACCUCUUUCGUUCACGGCCUUCAGCUACUUCGUGAAGGGAAACAAGCUUGAGAUCCCCACCAUAUACUUGAGUUUGUCAGCUGGAGUAUUUGCAUGUCUUCUUCUUGUAUUCUUCUGGGAUGCGACGACUGUUUGGGGAGUGUUUGGAGAACCACGCAGUACUGCUUUGAUAUGCCUGUCUUUCGUCCUAGCUCUGGUGAACUGCACAUCCUCGGUGACAUUCAUCCCGUUCAUGGUCAAACUGAAAAGCUCGUACAUGACAUGGUUUUUCGUUGGUCAGGGUUUUAGUGCAUUGGCACCAAGCUUGGUAGCUCUCGGGCAAGGCGUUGGCAAGCAGGUGUGCGUCGCCAAUUACACUUACCUAUCAACUGGCGACAAUUGCACAUCAUGGAUGUCGCAAACGCAACCGGCUAAAUUCCCACCAGAGACCUUCUUUUCGUUCCUCUGCGCAUCCAUGUUUCUGUCCUUCGCAGCCUUCCUUUUCCUGCACAUUCUUCCUUCGUCCAAGAAGGAGUACGCUCAGCAAGAUGCCGAGACACAGUCAUCCUCUGAAAAAUACAACGAGUCAAGGUCUAGCGAGACCAACUUCAACAAAGAGGACAGUACGGAAAAACAGAAGUCUUCAGACAGACUAGAAGAUGAAAAUUCUGAGCAACGCCAAGGCUAUUCUAAAGGAGAAUAUGCCAUUUUAUUUGUCAUUCUUGCCAUUACCAAUGCCUUAAGCAACAGUGUUCUUCCGUCCAUCCAGAGCUUUUCAUGUGGUGCCUACGGCUUCAAUGCUUAUCUUCUAGCGGCUACAUUGGGACAGGUAGCCAAUCCUUUAGCUUGCUUCAUCGUCAUGUUCUUCCCACAGACGAGUCUGGUCUUGGUAGCAGGGACCUGUCUUCUAGGACUCCUGAUGGGAGGUUAUUGCAUGGCCACCGCUUUACUGAGUCCAGCACCACCCCUACAGGAAGAUAUAUCAGGAGUCGCUCUUGUGGUGAUAGCUUGGAUCCUAGCAGGCGGUCUCUUUGCUCACGUGAAGGCGACCAUCGGGUUUAUCCUCCGUAACCAGCCCCAUAACCAUCGACUGCUGACAUGGUACGGUAUCGUCACCCAACUUGGCUCAUUGACAGGCGCCCUCAUCAUCUUUCCCUUUGUCAACGUCCUGUCUGCGUUUGUACCAUACUACAGCGAUCCCUGUCAAGGAUAUCCCAUCUGCGAGCCGUCAUAGCAUUUGGAUUGCUUUUAUAUUUGAGCAUUUCUGAGCAGCUAGACUUUGGACGAUACCAAAGUUAGCAGUGCGGAAGAAGCGUCAUUGCUAUUGUCGAGUACAUAAUAAGGUUUGAUGUGCUAUUUUAGGGUGUUCUUUGACCACAGUAGUGGCUUCAGAGUUCGGAAUGCAAAGAGGAACAGUCUACGAUACAAAAUCAAGUUGACUUCAUGGGAAUAUGAUUAGACAAGCAAUGUACAUUAUAAGUGAGAACAAAGCAUCAAUUUCGUAGACAUGCUACAUUUUGAUCAAAUCUCAAGGACUGAUGGGAGCUCACAACAUAUACGCGGUCUUUAUUACUUUUUCCCCACUUUUUGAGAAGUUAAUUUGGAGUAACAAUGUGUGUUUUCUUAAAUUUUAGAAUGACCUUGGAAACCUCUCUGUGACAUUUCGGUGAUCAAUAAAACUCACAUCAUAGUUAUAUAAUUCAUGCUACAAGCGCGUAUCUUCAAUACACUGUAUUUUUUAAGAGAACGAAUAGCUCAGGUAAAGAGCGGCAUAUUGAUGUCUUAUUACACGGGAGGUUAUCUUAAUUCGGGUACGUAAAUCAAUUCGACAGCAGUUAGACACAUCUGCGCAUUCUUCGAAACAAUUACAAAAUUAAAAUUAAUAAUCAUCAUUCGGCUGAACUAUUCUUUCGAGGCACUCUGGUCCAUAAUGCAUUGGCAAUUAACAUGCAAGGGUCCGUUGAAUAAGGACUUACAAUUCAUGCCAUUAUGGUAACUACCAUGGGAACCUUGAUUCUGAUUGGCUGCUGAGCCCUGUUACCAUGGUAGUUAUACCACUGAGGCAAAGUCACAAUAGUUGUAGCUUUUUAUGAAACGGGUUCCAGAUUUGCUCAAGUUCGACUACCCAGCAAGGUAAAUAUUAAUUUAUUGAUAAGAUAUAUAUACAAAAUGGGAUAUGGUAUGUAUAUUUAAUAUCGUGGCAUGUCAUAAAACAAACAAUAAUUUAGGUCCAUAAACAUUUCAUUGAACUGGUAUAUAUGAUUUCAAAGCUUAAUGUUAUUUGGGUCUCAUAGUAAUCGUCUUACUCUUUGUGAAAAUAAUGUAGAAAACAAUUACUGUAUUUCAUUACCUUUUUAGCUUUCCUCUAAAUGGAUUGAAAUUGAUAUAAUUUGUGCUUAUAUAAAAUGUCAUUAUUUCUAACCGAGGCUAUAAAUCACUGAAAGUUACUUUCCUCGUUUUCUCCGUGUAAUAGACGUCGGCGGGAGUUUCUUGUCAUAUAUAAUUAAGAAUAUUGAUGUGCAAAAUAUCUUCUGUGUGAGAGGAUAGACCCUGUUUGAAUAAUAAUCAUGCUUAUCACCCUUUUCAAUAUAAUCAUUGCCUCAGAAACUGUAACAUGAUUUUUUAUGUCUUAGAUUGUGUAUACGUGAAUUGUCGUUUGUUUGUUAAAAUCACAGGAUGACUAGAAAUACAUAAAUACGUUUUACAUCAUUUAUUCGAAUAAAAUAAAAUAAUCUACUUUUAAAAAA